GAGUUCUCCUGGCCGAAGAACGUCAAGACCAACUAUGUCAUCUGGGGGACAGGGAAAGAGGGCCAGCCCAGGGAAUACUACACUUUGGAUUCUAUCUUGUUCCUGCUGAAUAAUGUGCACCUUUCCCAUCCUGUGUAUGUCCGUCGUGCUGCAACUGAAAACAUUCCUGUGGUAAGAAGACCUGAUAGGAAAGAUUUGCUUGCAUACCUAAAUGGGGAAACAUCAACCUCAUCAAGCAUAGACAGAAGUGCUCCACUUGAAAUUGGUCUUCAACGAUCCACUCAAGUUAAAAGAGCAGCAGAUGAAAUAUUAGCAGAAGCAAAGAAACCAAGAAUAGAGGAUGAGGAGUGUGUGCGCCUUGACAAGGAGCGCUUGGCAGCUCGGCUGGAAGGACAUAAAGAGGGCAUCGUGCAAACAGAGCAGAUCAGGUCCUUGUCUGAAGCUAUGUCAGUGGAAAAAAUUGCUGCUAUCAAAGCCAAAAUCAUGGCAAAGAAAAGAUCCACUAUCAAAACUGAUCUGGAUGAUGACAUAACUGCUCUUAAACAAAGAAGUUUUGUUGAUGCUGAAGUGGAUGUAACUAGAGAUAUUGUCAGCAGGGAAAGAGUAUGGAGGACAAGAACUACAAUCUUACAAAGCACAGGCAAGGAUUGCAGGAACAUUCUUGAUAGCUUGGACACAAAUCACCUGAGUGUUAAUGUUUAUAUUUUCCAAGUAGCAGUGAGAAACUUUGCCAAGAAUAUUUUUGCAAUUCUUCAAUCAGUUAAAGCCAGAGAAGAAGGCCGAGCACCUGAGCAAAGACCUGCACCAAACACAGCACCAACGGAUCCCACUUUACGAAAUAAGCAACCUAUUCCAGCUGCCUACAACAGAUAUGAUCAGGAAAGGUUUAAAGGCAAAGAGGAAACGGAAGGCUUCAAGAUUGAUACCAUGGGCACUUACCAUGGGAUGACUCUGAAGUCUGUGACGGAAGGUGCAUCUGCUCGAAAAACACAAACUCCAGCAGCACAGCCUGUGCCACGACCAGUUUCUCAAGCAAGACCACCUCCAAACCAGAAAAAAGGAUCUCGAACUCCCAUAAUCAUUAUUCCAGCAGCCACGACCUCUUUAAUAACAAUGCUUAAUGCAAAGGACCUUUUGCAAGAUCUGAAGUUUGUACCAUCAGAUGAGAAGAAGAAGCAGGGCUGUCAACGAGAGAAUGAGACUCUGAUACAGAGGAGGAAGGACCAGAUGCAGCCAGGGGGAACCACAGUCAGCGUCACUGUCCCUUACCGAGUUGUAGACCAACCUCUGAAACUUAUGCCACAAGACUGGGACCGUGUGGUGGCCGUGUUUGUCCAAGGGCCCGCCUGGCAGUUCAAGGGCUGGCCUUGGCUCCUGCCAGAUGGAUCUCCUGUUGAUAUCUUUGCAAAAAUUAAAGCUUUUCAUCUCAAAUAUGAUGAAGUGCGCCUGGAUCCCAAUGUACAGAAAUGGGAUGUAACAGUGUUAGAACUCAGCUACCACAAAAGACACUUGGACAGGCCAGUAUUCCUACGCUUCUGGGAAACUUUGGACAGGUAUAUGGUAAAGCACAAAUCUCACUUGAGAUUCUGAAUCCUUCAGCUGCCAUUCAUUUCCUGAAGUACAGAUGGAAAAAAAUGGAAGGGGCUCCACUUUGGAAACCAGAACUCACACUGUAUAUGUCAAGAACUUUACAAAUGAGGAAGGGUCACAGUUUAAACUUUUUUAUAAAAUCUUACUUGGAUGAUUCAUGCUGUGGCAGGUUGAUACCUGUUGUUAUUCAGAAGCAAAGGGGUUUUGCUUAAAACUAUUUUUUUAAUGUUGUUAGCCUUCUAGUCUGCAAUCCAAAUUGUAUAUUUUGAUAGCAGCAGUUUCUUCUCUGGUUUAAAUCAGCCACAUUUUUAAAUAAUGUGUUUUGUUCCUGAAUAGAUGAUAGCUGGAUCUCCACGGCAGGUUCCCCAUGUGUGUGUGCGUGUAUGCAUGGAUGCGUGUAAAUAAAUGUGUGGGUGUGUCUAUAGAUAUAGUGUACAAAAAAGUUAUAGACACACUGACAUACACAUAGAUAUUUCCAGGCUUUCUAAACCACUUAGCUUCUCAGCUUAGUUUGGGGUUUCUUUGCUUAAUGUUUGACUUACUGAAAAUAUUUUGUUGUGAAUGAUACUACAUUUUAGUCAAUAGGACUUGCAAACUGAGGAAAAUGAAAGUUGUUUUCCAUAAAUCAAAAUGUCAGCCUGUAUAUGUAUAUUCUGUCAGUCUUUGUUGAAAAAGGGAAGAUCAGAAAAUCUAUUAUCACUCUUUUUUAUUUGUAAUGUCCCAGUUUACUAAAUCUUUAAACUUUAUUAUAGGUGUACCUUCAAGUUAUGUUAACUUUAAAUUGCCAUUCACCACACAUCUCUUUCUUUAAACUGAAAGCAUGCAUGUGUACAUUCCCAUCUAGCAAAUACCUUUUCAUAUGAGUCUAAAUGUUACCUAGAUUAAAUGAUGAAUAGAGGAGGAGAGAGUUGGAAUUUUUUUUUUCCUAGAACAGCCACCACAAGGAACAAAUAAUUUUAACUUCUUUGCAUUUAUACCUCUGAUACUAUUUUCUCUUGACAAAAGUGGCCCAUACUUGUCUCCAGGAGUUGUAAUUGUCUGAGCAGAGUGGCUAAUAUGGCCUCUUAAGAGUCCUGCAUUGGAAUGGAAAAUCAGCCUUCUCCAAUUACCAAAGAACAGAUUUGCUUCAUCUAUAGUGUGAGGCCAGAAGAUCCUGGUAUUUGUACCAAAUGCUGUAUUUACAGCAUCUCUGUAUCUAUGGAAUAACAUUAAGUUGAUGUUGCAUACCAGUGAAUGUAGAGAAUGAUCAAAUACUGUAACACAUGCAUGAUUUUUUUCUUGGAUAGGAAAUACAUGUUUAUAUUCCUGUUCUUAAAAUUCAAAACCAUGUUUUUUUAAUAUACUUUUCAUUUAAGGUUUGACAAAAAAUAAAGUGUUCUACCUA